GCCACACUGGUAGAACUUCAAGUCCCAGGUGGCUCAGGAAGCAGGGGUGCAGUUGCCUGCCUGCAUACGGAGCAAGGCAUGUUUGAAGAGUACCCAGUUUUGGUAGAGUGACUUCUGUUCACUAAAACCAUGUGUCUGAACUGAAGAAGCUGGGGCUCACUUCCACGAAUGUGGAAAAAUGCUAAUCACUGAAAGAAAACAUUUUUCAUUAGGAAGAAUUGCACAAAGUAGGUCUGAAGCAAAUUUGAUUGACAUGGAAGCUGGAAAACUCUCAAAGAGUUGCAAUAUUACAGAAUGCCAGGACCCAGACUUGCUUCACAAUUGGCCGGAUGCUUUCACCCUUCAUGGUAAUAAUGCUUCCAAAGUUAAAAAUCCAUUCUGGAGUCAACUGUCUGCUUCUAACCCAUUUUUGGAUGACAUAACUCAGCUAAGAAAUAACAGGAAGAUAAAUAAUAUUUCCAUCUUAAAGGAAGAUCCUUUUCUUUUCUUUAGAGAAAUAGAAAAUGGAAACUCUUUUGAUUCCUCUGGUGAUGAACUUGAUGUGCAUCAGUUACUUAGGCAGUCUUCCUCAAGAAAAUCCGGAAGAUCUAAAAGUGUCUCAGAACUUCUGGACAUUUUAGACGACACAGCACAUGCCCAUCAGAGUAUACAUAACUCUGACCAGAUCCUACCGCACGACUUAGAAUGGCUUAAAAAUGAUCGAGAGGCUUAUAAAAUGGCUUGGUUAAGUCAACGCCAGCUGGCCCGCUCCUGCCUUGAUUUGAAUACAAUUAGUCAGAGCCCUGGAUGGGCCCAGACACAACUUGCCGAGGUCACCAUAACUUGCAAAGUAAACCAUCAAGGAGGGUCAGUACAAUUACCUGAAUCAGACAUCACUGUUCAUGUGCCCCAAGGUCAUGUGGCUGUGGGGGAAUUCCAAGAGGUGUCUCUAAGGGCUUUCCUUGAUCCGCCACACAUGCUUAACCAUGAUCUUUCAUGCACCGUGAGCCCGUUGUUGGAAAUCAUGUUAGGCAACCUCAAUACAAUGGAAGCCCUUUUGCUGGAGAUGAAAAUUGGGGCUGAAGUGAGAAAGGAUCCUUUCAGCCAAGUCAUGACAGAAAUGGUGUGUUUACACAGCUUGGGUAAAGAAGGCCCUUUUAAAGUUUUAAGCAACUGCUACGUUUAUAAAGACACCAUCCAAGUCAAGCUAAUUGACUUGAGUCAGGUAAUGUAUCUAGUGGUUGCUGCACAAGCUAAAGCUCUUCAGUCACCAGCUGCCACCAUUUGGGAUUAUAUCCACAAAACCACCUCAGUUGGAAUUUAUGGACCCAAAUAUAUCCAUCCCAGUUUUACUGUUAUUUUAACAGUUUGUGGACACAGUUAUAUGCCAGGACAGCUUACAAUUUCUGAUAUUAAGAAGGGUGGAAAAAACAUAUCUCCAGUUGUGUUUCAGCUCUGGGGGAAGCAGUCAUUUUUACUUGACAAGCCACAAGAUUUAAGUAUUUCUGUUUUUUCCUGUGAUCCUGAUUUUGAAGUAAAGACAGAAGGAGAAAGGAAAGAAAUUAAACAAAAGCAGUUGGAAGCAGGUGAAGUAGUUCAUCAACAAUUUUUAUUUUCUUUAGUUGAGCACAGAGAGAUGCACUUGUUUGAGUUUUGUGUUCAGGUGGAGCCUCUCAAUGGUGAACUAGUUGCACAGUUCUCUAUCACUACUCCUGAUCCAAACCCAAACCUAAAAAGACUCUCGAAUCUGCCAGGCUAUUUGCAGAAGAAGGAGGAAAUCAAGUCUGCUCCUUUAUCACCAAAAAUUCUUGUUAAAUAUCCUACAUUUCAAGAUAAAACAUUGAACUUUACCAACUAUGGGGUAACCCUGAAAGCAGUGCUAAGACAAAGCAAGAUUGAUUACUUCCUUGAAUAUUUCAAAGGGGACACAAUAGCUCUCCUCGGGGAAGGUAAGGUAAAAGCUAUUGGUCAGUCCAAAGUGAAAGAAUGGUAUGUAGGACUCCUCAGAGGUAAGAUUGGACUUGUACACUGCAAAAAUGUCAAGGUGAUUUCAAAGCAACAAGUAAUGUUUAUGUCAGAUAGUGUCUUUACAACCAGAAAUCUUCUUGAACAAAUUGUCCUGCCUUUAAAAAAAUUGACUUAUAUCUACUCAGUUGUAUUAACCUUGGUGUCAGAAAAAGUUUAUGAUUGGAAAGUUUUAGCUGAUGUCCUGGGUUACUCACAUCUGUCCCUGGAAGAUUUUGAUCAAAUUCAAGCAGACAAAGAAUCAGAAAAAGUUUCUUAUGUUAUAAAGAGGUUAAAGGAAGAUUGCCACACAGAGAGAAAUACAAGGAAGUUUCUGUAUGAACUUACUGUGGCUCUUCUGAAAAUGGAUUGCCAAGCAUUAGUAGCACGUCUCAUCCAAGAAGCUGCUAUUCUGACUUCAGCUGUCAAGCUUGGAAAAGGCUGGAGGGAACUAGCUGAAAAGUUAGUACGACUCACAAAGCAACAAAUGGAGGCAUAUGAAAUUCCUCAUCGAGGAAACACUGGAGAUGUUGCUGUUGAGAUGAUGUGGAAACCUGCCUAUGAUUUUCUGUAUACCUGGAGUGCUCACUAUGGAAAUAACUACAGAGAUGUGUUACAAGACCUUCAAUCAGCCUUGGACAGAAUGAAAAACCCUGUGACUAAACACUGGAGAGAAUUAACUGGAGUUUUAAUACUAGUAAAUUCUUUGGAGGUUUUGAGAGUAACUGCAUUCUCCACUUCUGAGGAAGUGUAGAAAUAAAGGGUGUGUUUUUGAUGGGAGGGAAAAUGAGGUAAUGGUGUAUGUGUGUGUGUGUCUCUGUGUGUGUGUAUCUGUGUGUGUGUCUGUGUGUGUGUGUGUCUGUGUGUGUGUGUGUCUGUGUGUGUGUGUCUGUGUGUGUGUGUAAGAAAGAAAGAAUCUCAGAAAAGCAUUAUAUUAAUUUUCUUCAUCCUCAAAACCAAUUUUUUUUUUUCUGAUGAAGGCGCAGCCUAACUGAUAACCAAGAUGGGUUUUAUCCUUAAAUAUGUAUUUUUGUGUAUGUUUCAAAUACAAGUAUUAGGCUGCUUUGUUCUUAGAAAGGAAAGAAAAAAGAAAAGUGCCCUCUCUCUCUUUCAGUGUCAUUUUAAAUUUACUAAGUUAAAGCUGUUUGAAUAAUUACAUCACACAGAUAUCUGGGUAAACUAGAGACUAUCAACAUGAACAAGGCAGUGUUCCCAGGAGGCAGCUAGAAAGAGGGGAAGCAAGCACACACCCUGUGGCCAGUCACGGCUGCCUGCUUUCCACACCUGACCUCUUCAGUUCAUCAGUGGGGUUUGCCAGCAUCACCCCCAUUUUUCAUGAAGAGAAACUCAGGAAUGGAGAGAACGUCUGAGGCUACAUAGCCAGUACAAAGUAGGUUUUCUGCUUGAAAAACCUGUUUCUAUUUCUUUUUAAAAAAUCAUACUGCAUAACAGAAUAGUAAAAACAAAAUGCAUGUUAAGACUUACAGGGAAACAGUUGCCGUUUCAUUUUAAGUGAGCCUUGCUACUCUUUUUCAUCAUCUCUUGAAAGACUGACAGAAGGAGAAUAUGACUUAUCAGAAAUCUGUUGUCUGCAUGCAUGGACCUAGUGUUUUCAUUAGCUUCCUUCAGCAUCUUGGGACCUCUCUAAUCCUGCCUGACUUGGGACUUUUUCUGCAGGAUUAUAAUGUAAAAUAAUUCUUUAGCUCUUGGAGAUUUUUAAUAAUAUGAGUUAUUAAAAACCACCACCACCAGAAACUUGAUUAACUCGGUUACACUGUUGAGUAGAGAGGUCUUAACCACCAAAAACACUGAUAUCUUUAUGUUGGCAUGCUCACGCAAAUACGUGUGUGUGUGUGUGUGUGUGUGUGUGUACCACAGUGUUUUAUAAAGCACAGCCUAACUGAUUAUAUAGGACAAAAAUUAUAUAGGACCCUGGGUCAGUAUAAAUGCUAAUGGCUGGCAAAGUUCACAAAGAGAUGUUCUGUGCUUACUCAUCUGUUCAAUCCUCUGGUUGCCUGCCAGUGUUUAUGUGUGUAUUUGGACAGACAUUCAUUUAUUGUCAUUCAGUCAAUAGGUAGAGUAUAUGUGUCUAUUUUUUGGCAGGCAUAUAGAUGCUUGAGGCUAAUAAUGGGGAAAAAACCAGCAUGAACUCUGACUUUAGUAGUGCUAAGUAAUAGAUAAUUUUUAAAAAAUGACACCGUUAAAUAUAAAAUGGCAUGCAUAAUAACAGUUGCAAUGGAGAGGUUGUGGUGCUACGAGAUAUAAACAUAGAGAUGCCAUCAUAUGAAACUGGAAGUGGGGGUGGGUCAGGGAAAUUUGUUCUUGGAAAGAAAUAAUGAACCUGAAGGAAGAGUAGGCAUUGUCCUGGUUUGGUGGUGUGUAAGCAGUGAUCCCACAAAGCACUGAAGCUCUUAGAUGGGUGGGAGCUGAAUAGGUGCAGAUAGCAGGGGUGAAGGAGUGAAAGGAUAAAAGAUUCAAGGAUGAGAUGAGGAUGGCCAUUAAGGCUGCUAGAAUUUAGAAAGAAAACAUACAGCCUCAAAGAAAUGUGGGUAAGCCAAAUAAGGAUUUUGUUUUGGGAACCUGAAUAAAAGAUGUCCAUUUGGCUAAAAAGUAAAAGCAGAAUCUUUUUAGAGCUUUAAAUAUACCCACCCUGAGAUAUUUGGUAUGCUGGAAAUGGUAAUUCAAACUGGGGUUUAAGAACAAUCUUGGCCGGGCGCGAUGGCUCACGCCUGAAAUCCCAGCACUUUGGGAGGCUGAGGCGGGCGGAUCAUGAGGUCAGGAGAUCGAGACCAUCCUGGCUAACACGGUGAAACCCCGUCUCUAUUAAAAAUACAAAAAAAUUAGCCAGGUGUGGUGGCGGGCGCCUGUAGUCCCAGCUACUUGGGAGGCUGAGGUAGGAGAAUGGCGUGAACCUGGGAGGCGGAGCUUGCAGUGAGCUGAGAUCGCGCCACUGCACUCCAGCCUGGGUGACAGGCUGUCUCAAAAAAAAAAAAAAAAAAGGAAUAAUCUUUAGGGCUUUCAAUAUUUAUAUUUAAUGAUAAGGGAACACAGCCUGACCAAAGAAUUAUGUACACACAUUCAAGGACAGAAUUUAUUUUAAUUAAAAAUAAAUUAUGAGAGAAGGAAAAAAAAACAAGUUUUUACUUUCAGAACACAGUCAUUUUUAGUGGUGAUUUUGCUUUCUUUAGAACAUUCUUGGAAUCUUAUUAACAUGUCAGCUAACCAGAGAAUUUUGGGAAGGGAUAGUGGGGAUUAAUAACUGGGUUUUUCCAGGCUCCAAGAUCUGAGAAGACAGAGAUCUUGUUAGCUGAUUAGUGUAGUAAGAUUAAAUAAAUAAUUUCAGGUUCACAUUGCAUCAUGUAUUAUGAUUGUAAUUGAGAGUAAUAAGAGUUUAAAAAAAUGAAAAACAAGAUCUCUGUAAUUUAAGGAUGAAACAAUGGUUUAAAUAUUAAUACACACAAAUAUAUUUUAUAAUCUUGUAACAAAUCCUUCCAUGGGAAAAUUUUUUUUUUUUUUUUUGAGCCAGAGUCUGGCUCUGUUGCCCAGACUGGAGUGCAGUGUUUCAAUUUUGACUCACUGCAACCUGCACCUCUUGGGUUCAAACAAUCCUCCUGCCUCAGCCUCCCAAGUAGCUGGGAUUACAGGCAUGCACCACCACGUCCGGGUAAUUUUUGUAUUUUUAGUGGAGACAAGGUUUCACCAUUUUGGCCAGACUGGUCUGGAACUCCUGACCUCAGGUCAUCCACCUGCCUCGGCCUCCCAGAGUGCUAGGAUUAUAGGCAUGAGCCACUGCUCCCAGCCUUCCAGAGGAAUUUUAAGCCCAUGUCCAAAUAUUCUGUUUGUAUAAAUAUAUUCUAAUUUUUAAAUAAAUAGUUUCUACUUUUCUGAACUUUAUAUUUUUUCUUGCUAUAAUGGAUUUUCAUAAUCAGAAAAGAUUAAAUUAAUAAUCAUGAAUUGCCUUUAAUAUUUGGCAGUAAGUCAAUGAAAUAAUUAGGCACUUAUAUCCCAUCUUUGACAUCAUUAAAAGCAUCAAAUCCCAUUAAUCUAAAACUUCUUUAAGUAUUUUGAAAGCAGAAAAUGCUUAUAUGGUUCUUUCAGUUCCUCAGGCUUUUUGUCUAAUGAUGCAUGACUUAGGAUAAGAUUUUAAUUCAGUGCCCAGCUUGAAACAUAAUAAUUUUUCUGUAUAAGCCACAGAUCCUCUACUUCCUUUGUGUUAAAGCCGUUAUAUGAAACAAUUAACUAGGAGUAGUCAAUAGUGUGUCAUUAACUGUUCAUACUAAUAAAUGGAUAUAGCACAUUUUCAUGGCCUGUAAUGUAGAACAUACUAUAUAAAGUUUUCAGUUUAGGGAUGACUAGGUUUCUGGAAGGAAUAGAAUGCUAAAUCAAUGGAUGGCAUUGGGCUGAGAAACAUUGCUGCUACUAAUCAGCCUUGAAUGUUUAAUGUGAACAUACAAAAGAGAACAUACAUACACUCAAAUUUGUACAAUGCUGUAACUGGAAGUUGAAGGACUUGAAUUUUUAUAUUGUGCUACUGUUAUGUUUUCUGUAAUUGUUUAUAUCUAAGGAAUAUUUGAGGUAAUAUAAAAGAAAAAGAGAAUAAUGAACAAUGAUGUCACUGGAGGCUUUUUACAUUAAAAUAGAUCAUUUUUCUUCUUAUAGAUAGGUAAGUCCCUCCUCCUUCUGUAUGAACUUUUCUCCCACAUGCUGCUGUAUGGUUUAGUGAGAGUGAAGUUCUAAAGAACAUCAAUAUGAUUGGUGGGAUAAUCCAAAGACAUUUUUUCAGAAUAAAAUGUCAUGUCGAAGGUUUGUUUCUUGCAUAUGUAUUUACUGGUCCACAGCACAAAAUAAAGUGACCACAUAUACAUAGGAAAGUUGAAUUUGUACACAUACAGCAUCUGAAAUGUAUCUGAUGUUCAGCAUCAAGAUUUCACUGAACAUUGUAGAAAUGUGUAUCUUUUGCAUGUAUAUUUUACAUUGAUUUUCUAUUUAUGUACAUCUAGAAAGUUUUAAGCCUAAUAGUUUUGUAAUUUUGAAUAAUAGUGUCAGUUUAUAUGUGAGGGAGUAGAGACAGAGAGGUUAGCACUGGAUAAUAAUUAGUAAGGCCAAAGGAGAAAAUUUCAUAGAAACUGUUGUUGUAAUAAUGAAUACAGCAUGAAAGGCUUCCUCUACAAGACACUAGUCGAGGAGUUGAGAGCUGUGGUUUCUAAUCUUUGUCCAUUAUUCCCUGUGAGACUGUGGACCUGUCACUUGGCCUCUCUGGUCUUCAGUUUUCUCACCAGUAAAACAAGGAGCUUGAACCAAAUGACCUCUAGUGUUCCCCUUGGGUUUAAAUGUCUAUAAAUGUUCAAUGACUAGAAUGUAUUGUGUUUUUCUUUAUUCAUUUUGCUUUGAGAAAAGAGAAUGUGAUUUAAGAGUAAUAAUUUGAAUACCAAUUAUCCACAUUAAAAUUAUGUCCUCGGCCGGGCGCGGUGGCUCACGCUUGUAAUCCCAGCACUUUGGGAGGCCGAGGCGGGCGGAUCACGAGGUCAGGAGAUCGAGACCACGAUGAAACCCCGUCUCUACUAAAAAUACAAAAAAAUUAGCCGGGUGUGGUGGCGGGCGCCUGUAGUCCCAGCUACUUGGAGAGGCUGAGGCAGGAGA